AUGCCGCUGUUCAGCGAGGCCGACACCAGAACCUACCGUAGGGAUGUAGCUUCAGGCGGUCGAUACCUCUCUGCCACAGAACGCGAGAAGCUCCUGCAACGAUAUCUCCCUACACCUCCCUCAGAGUCUUCGCAGAAUGAUUCACGACCGCCCAAUUCCAAUACCCCCUCCCAACGCCAAAAAUCCAAAGGCCACAGGCGACGAGUGCGGCCGUUCCUCAAGUCGAAGCUGCAUUUCCUCGUCUUCUUCCUCAUCCAACUCGUCUUCGGCAUAUACAUUCGCCUGCGCCAGAUCUACCACGCUACAGUCUAUCGGCUUCUCGGCAUCAGGCACCAUCACCACCGCACCCCAGAGUACAUCCAGAGGGAUGUCAAGAACCUCGACCGCAUACCCGAGCACCUCAGUGUGAUAUUGAAAUUCAAGUCCGAGGAGGAUGGCGGACUAGAGGCAUUGAUGGACGAGGUCGCAGAGCUCUGCGCGUGGUCCGCAGCUGCGGGCAUCCCGCUGCUGAGCGUGUACGAAAAGUCAGGGAUAUUGAAGACAUACAUGGCGACCUUGCAGGAGUUGGUGAAACAAAAGCUCCGUUCUUACUUUGGCGCUCCCCCCGCGGCGUCGGCUCUGCGAGUGUUUGCUCCCAACCAUCCCUCCAUGAGCCCUUGGUCGCGGACACCGUCACCGCAGAUACCACCAGCACAAUCAGCCACCGAUGCGCGACCGCUCCACCUGGACCUUCUCCUCUUGUCCGCCACGGACGGGCGAGACACGCUGGUCGACUUGACCAGGACCCUGGCCGAGAUGGCCCAAGCCCAAAAGCUUCGUCCCAAAGACAUCACUUCCAAUCUCAUCAACGCCGAAAUCAGCGCGACGACCGCGAUCCCGGACUCGUCGAGACUCACGACGAAUGGCGACAGCAGCAGACCCGCGGGGAAAGAGGUCGAGGCAGGAGAACCGGAUCUCAUCAUCGUCUUUGGUCCGGUCGUAAAGUUGGACGGCUAUCCACCUUGGCAGAUCCGGCUGAGUGAAAUCUUCUGCGUCGGUGACUCUGGUGGUGAUGUUUCUGGCAGCGGCAGUACUAGGGUUGAGUAUCAAGCCUUUCUCAGGGCGCUGUGGAAGUAUGCCGGUGCUACAUUCAAUAUUGGGAGAUGA